AUGUCUUCUGGAAAAGAUCAAUAUUUUGUAUUUUAUCUAUUUAAAGGCCUCUGUUCAUCACUCUUAUCUGCAACAGCUGGAGAGAUCAGUGGGGCGGUCGACACGAUCAUCCGCCGAUAUCGACUAGAAAAUGGGAAUUCACUUGGCGAAAAGGAUGAGUUAUUUGGACCACCAAGUGCUCCGGUACUCGAGAACCCUGAAUUUCAAACGCGGUGGUACUUCAAAUAUUUUCUCGGAAAAAUGCAUCAAAACUACAUUGGAGUAGAUGGCGCACGUGAACCAUAUCUUCUAAGCGUUGUACAGGAAGGGGCCGGACUUUUACGAGCAAUUCUCUUUAAUAAAAUGGGCGCACACAAAAUUUAUUUACCGGCGAGUGCUUGGAGUGGUGGAGGAGGCCAAACCCCAACAAGGCCGACCCUUAAACAGAUCCUAUCGCAGUUCACAGCCAUUGAGAAAAUCGAUAAAAUGCCCAGAGAGAUCACGUGCCCGGAACUACAGAAGGACAUAUUGUUACUUGAAGAACAGGAGGGGUCUGUGAAUUUCAAGAUUGGUGUCGUUAUAAUGAACCCCGGCCAGAGGACUGACGAUGAAAUGCUGUCUAAUGAAAAAGGUAACGCGAAAUGGGACAAAUUUAUUUCACUUUUGGGCGACAAGAUUCGAUUAAGAGGCUGGAACCGGUUUCGCGGAGGCUUGGAUGUCAAAGGUGACAUGACAGGCAGCCAUUCCAUUUACACGAUGCACCAAGGGCACGAAAUUAUGUUUCAUGUAUCAACAAUGUUGCCGUUUUCUAAGGACAAUAAACAACAGUUGGAGAGGAAGCGGCAUAUUGGGAACGAUAUUGUCAACAUAGUGUUCACUGACGACACAGCACACAACACUUUCAACCCCCAAUGUGUGAAGAGCCAUUUUACACAUAUAUUUGCCGUAGUAUCUGAGGUGGAGGGUGAAGGGUACAGGCUGAGCGUGUACACAGAUGACACGGUACCCCCGUUCGGCCCCUCACUCCCCUGCCCACCGAUAUUCAGCGACCCUCAGCUCUUUAGGGAAUUCCUUUUGGUAAAACUAAUGAAUGGAGAGAAGGCUGCAUUUCAAACGCCAACGUUCGCUCUAAAGAGGCAAAGAACAUUGGACACAUUAAUAAGAGAUAUUUAUGCAGAACAUUGUUCCGACCACAAAGUGCCAAUGUUAUCUCGGCGGGCCUUAUCAGACGUGUGGUCAGGCGGGGCAGGGGCUGGCGGCGCGGGCGCAGCACGUACCGAGCGAUUUCUUCACGUUGGGCAGGCACUUAAACUGGAUGCUGUGUUAAGAGGCGAUGCACCUACCAGCCUUGUAUCUACCGGUUCUGGGGGUUCCCGAAGAGCACCCUGGGAGGGAAGGUUAUGGCGCGCGGCUCCCCUUCCCGCGACCCCUGUCUGCGCUGAGCAACUUGAUGAAAGCCGAGUACUGCUCUCUACUACAUCAAAUACUUAUAUUUUAGAAGAAAGUGGUACCACGAGAGUGGUACUACGUUGGGAAGGGUGUGUCCGAUCCGCACGGAUAACAGAACGCGCUGGCCUAUUCCGAGUCGGAGCCAGAGUUACCUCAGGCGGGGGUUCCACUACAGGCGGUGCUGGGGGUGCGGGGUUAUAUGCCUUACCAAUACAUGAACUAUGUGCUGGAGCUUGGGCCAUGCGACCAUUGCAAGAUUGCAAACACGCAAGACUUCCUCGUACCAAGACUGCACAUUUCUUUGAUGUAUUAGAACAAGGUGAAAAUGGGAAAACUUUAUUAGCGGUAGCAAUAGGAAGAAGAAUUCUACUUUUAGUUGAAGAGCCUAAGACUGAACAUGAGAUGGGCUUUGAAUAUACUCAUGUCAAGGAUAUUCAACUGAGUGAAACUCCAGUAUUAUUAAAGUUAAUGGACGGGGAACUUCCCGUCACAGUUGUGGGUUACAAACAUCAUUGGGAGGUGCUGGAGACUAGUACAGGCCAGACAGUGAAACGAGUUGAUGGUAGCGAAGAGAGCGGCCUCCGUCGCGGCGCUCUCGUCAACGCCUUAAGAAUUGGUGACGAUAGAGAUGUACAACUAUUACUAUGUUAUAAUCACACAUGUCACUUCGAGCGCUUGACUACAAAAGGCUUGGAGAGCGACAGCGAAUACGACUUCCAUUGGACCACUGUUCCCACAGCUGUUGUGUGUGCGUUUCCCUACAUAAUGGCGUUCGCAGAAGACUUGUUAGAGAUUCGGUUGGUGGCGAACGGAUCUUUGGUCCACGCAGCUUGCAUCCCAGGCCUUAAAAUUCUAUGUGGAAAAAAAGUACGCAACAAGCUUCUCAACCCUGGUUGUAAGUUAGACUCCCGGAGAAUACUAGGAAUUACUUCACAGCCCUAUCUCUUAGCAUCGACGGACAUAUUCUACGUAGCAUGUGCCCCUGAAUACGUCCCCUUGGGCCGCGAUAUAGACCCAUGUCUCGGCAGACACGACAACUACGAGCUGGUGAGGCAGAUGAGCAAAUGUGGACCUUACUCGAUAGACGACGACGAUGAUUAUAAAAAUGAUCAAGCUAACAGGACACCGGAAAACAAUUCAGCAUCAAGCAGAAGCAGCUCCAUAUCAUCAGAACAGGAGAACAUUCGUCCGCCACUCCACAGAAUGACUCCCAUAUCUCCGCCCACAUCACCUCAAGAGAACAGCGGUCGUUGUGUGCGAAUUUACAAGAUUCCGCAGAGCAACCUGAGCGCUGCCACUUACCAGCGACAGUCAGUGUCGGCCGACCACGUCGUCACUGCAUACUUCUCUGAUAGGCCAAAUAGCAUAAGACAGAAAUUGGCAGAGCUGCGAUGGGACAGCAAAUCACGUGGCGGUGGCGAAGAUGACAUCGUUCAUAAUUCGCAGUAA